AUGAGUGAUAUCGAUUAUGCUAUUACUCAAGAUGAGCCGACCAGACCAGUUGCGAACUCCCCUGCUGAAGUUAAAAGAGUCCAUGAAGCUUGGAGGAUGGCAAAUAAGGUUUGUCUGUUGGUUAUGAAGAAAACUAUGACAGAAGCCCUUUUUGGUGGAGUUCCGGAAACAGACAGUGCUAAGGAGUUUAUGGAGCACAUUGAAAUGAAAUUUAAGGAAUCUGGUAAGGCUGAAACGAAGCACCUCAUGCCUAGGCUGGCUAAUACGAAGUAUGAAGGAGGAGGCAGCGUAAGAGAACAUCUCAUGGGACUCAUGGAUAUUGCUGCCAAGUUGAGCAAGUUGAAAGUGCCUAUUGCUCCAAAUUAUCUAGUACAUAUUGCACUGGAAUCCCUACCUUUUGAUCAGAUGAAAUCCUCCUACAACACCGUGAAGGAAGAUUGGACAAUGGAUGAUCUUAUUACAAUUGCUGUUCUUGAGGAGAAUAGGACAAAGGCUCGGGGUGGUGUGGUUAAUGUGGUCACUGCCAAGAAGUAUGAGGAUAAGGGCGCUGCAAAGUGGGGAGAAAAGAAGUGUUGGCUUCGCAGAUCUCACGGCCUG